CUUAUGUCAAGCACAGUUUCGGCCUGAGAUAAAGUGAUGGUUAAGAAGAGCUAAAUAUCACAGGAGGACGUUUUUCGGCUCGUGUCUACAAUAAUAUCUUAUUGAGUGUUGGCUUAAUCUAUUUCGUUUUCUUCGACUUCGAUCAAGACAUUAUAUAAAAUGAUCGAAACAUUCUUAAAUCUUUUUCUGUGUUACUCCUCACUACAAUGUAACAGGAUUCCGUACUAUUCCCCGAAGAGCUAUGUGGAGAGCACAGUGAUUGGCAACAGUAGACAGUAUACUUUCAGAUUUUGUAAUGACACCGUAGAGUUGCCAAAAGUUUAUCUCAAUGACGUGUGCCGAUGUGUUCCUGAAAGAUUUUACUCAAUUUUUAUGGUCAUCAAAGAUGAAAUACGAAAAGGGCGAUUUAAUGGAUUCAAAAUGGAUUGCACACAGGUGUUCAAUACAACAGAUGACAGUAGUACAACACCCCAGAAUGCUGCACCUAGCAAAAUCUCUACGGCUUUGGCACAACUUCUUCGUCUCCGAGGGGUUAGUCCUUUACAGAUAGCUAGGAUACAGGCAACUGGUUUAUCUGAAGCAGAGCUGGAGGGCUUACGGGCUAGAAGAAAAUUAACAAUGGCUGAGAUUGCAUUUAUGCAAACAAGAGGUGUGCCGAUACAGCAGAUCAAUGCCUUCCAACGUAUGGGUCUUUUGCCAUCAGAAAUCAGAGCAUUACGUGCAAGAGGACGACUUCCUCGUGUCAGUCCUGGCAUACCUAGAACUCCUUUUCUAGCAAGGGCCAAUACUUCACCUCCUGGCAGCCUGCCUCAGGUAACGCCUAUUCGUCCUUUGUCUUUCCCUAGAGUCGUUCCACCUAGAAUAGGUAGAGGUGUCGCACCCCGUGGGACUGGUAGACGAAUCAUUGGUACACCCAUUGUCACACCUAUCAGACCACUCGGUGUACGGGGCUCUCAAGGUAUCGUUCCUCAAGCUGUCAGGCGUAUCACAAAAUUCCAAGAACUCCAACUCCUUUCCCGACAAUUAUCACCAUUACAGCUUGUUCUACUUGUACGGGGAAUGACAAAGGAAGGCCUUGUGAGUUUAGCAACAGAAAUGACUGCUAACCAGUUUGCUGCAAUGUGGAAAGUUCUAACAAAAGCCCAAAAGCAACAACUGCUUCCUAGUUUGACUUCGCAGAUGAGAGACCGCCUUACCUCAACACAAACAUCCCAAGAAAGUCUUCGUGCUUUCCAAAAUCAACUUACCCCUAGCCAGAUAAUGCAACUUUCACCAGAACAGAUACAACGUCUUGGAGCUGUUCUUGCCUCCAUGGAUGGUGACAAGUCACAAUUGCCUAAAGGUCUUUUGCCCUCUUCAAAUGGAGAUACAACCCCUGGAACAGGACUUCACUUCAGACAAAUAAAUCCUACUACUACAGUAAUCAGAACAGGUCCGAGUACGACUGAUAAUACAGUUUUUAGUGGUGAGGGUCCCAGUGCACCUGCAAUAGGAACCAUUGUGAUCCCUGGAGAUAAUGUGGUUGGCGGGGACGGAUCAGUACCCUCAACAGGUACAGGUACGUUGACACCUGUUAACAAUGAUAGUGGGGCGGAGAAGAUGAUCCGUUUUGAUGUUGUUCCUACAGAAGCUGGGGAUUCACAGUUCAAUAAAGGCAACAUAGUCGAAGUAGGAAUGUCUCCCAUCGACACAUCUGGAACUGUUGUUGAUAUUGGCGACCAGAAUGUACCUAAUCCACCAUCACCCGACUUGCAGCUCACUUCUGGCAGCCUCGUUAUCGAUAGUCCGACCGUCGAUGCCUUAUACCAAGCAAGUGUUGGCGGGUCAAUAGCAGGAACGUCUGAGUCAGGUUCUUCAAACACAGCCAUGACUGGAGACACUGGAAAUACAUACGCGGAUGGCAAGACACCUGAUGCUGGAAUGGAUACAAUUAGUCCGACCGUCGAUGCCUCAUACCAAGCAAGUGCUGGCGGGUCAAUAGUAGGAACAUCUGAGUCAGGUUCUUCAAACACAGCCAUGACUGGAGACACUGGAAAUACAUACGCUGAUGGCAUAUCACCUGAUGCUGGAAUGGAUACAACCAACAUUAUUCCCAACUACAAACGCUUUCCAGAAACAGAAAUGUUUUCAUCUGGUAUGUGUUCAGCUUGUGAAAAUUCUGCCGGAGAACUGCCUUGUUACCUGCCUCAUCCUGGGUAUUGUAACAAGUUUAUACAAUGUGUCCCAGCUUCUGGCUCCGAACUCCGUCCACAAACAAUGAACUGCUAUGAUUUCUUGUUCUGGGAUCAAGGCAUUCGGAGCUGUAUUCCAACCAGCGAACACUGUACAAUGCCGACCGGGGUGGAGAAUCUACCUAAGGAAGGGGUUAUUGAGGCGCCUGUUGAGUAUGACAGCACACCGCCACAGCAAGCCGUGGAGACUACCACCACAACACCAACUGUCGACCCCUCUACCGAACCACCUCCUGAUUAUGCACCUUUCGAACGAGUUCAAGCCACUUUAGAUAUGAGUUUAUAUCCGGCCCCUCCAUCUGGACUUGUAUUUCCGGACGGUGCUCCCUCCAAUCUCGAAUUCCCGGAUAUCAACACAGGACCCAAUAGAAUAGUAGCAGCUGAUGAGCCUUUCAACAUGGAAGUCCCCGAAACUACAGCCUCCUCAACUCCUGCAACCGUGAAUACCUCUCCUACCCCAGUACCGGUAAAAGCCCCUCCAGCUGAAGUGUGCGAGGUGGGAUGGGUAGGAUUUGAACGCGACUGCUAUUUCCUCAGCAGUGACCAACUAACGUGGCACUCAGCACUAACACAAUGCCAUAAUAUGGACGCUCAUUUAGCCAGGAUAUACACGACCGCGGAAAACAAGUUCAUACAAAAAACAGCAAGAAAUAGAAAAGGCGGUCCUUAUGAAGGAUACUGGAUAGGAGGAUCGGAUAUCCGGACUGAGGGAGUAUGGGAAUGGUAUGAAACUGGCAAGCAGCUUGGACCGGUAUUCUGGCACCAAAGCGAACCAAACAGUUUCCAAGGGGAUCAGGACUGCCUUCAGCUAUUCGUUCACCAUGCUUUCCAAUGGGAUGAUGAAGUGUGUACGCAUGAGAGACAUUAUGUGUGUGAAAAAUCUGCCAAAUUUGACUGAAACAACAUAUAUAUGCAUACACACUUAUUUCCCGUGAUUUCUAUGAAAACGCCAGUGUUUCAUGCAUGCUUUCUGAAGCGUAUAAAACCAUGCUUAGGCGACGCAUUGCCCUAAAGAAUUAGAAAUGAGACUCGAUAAUCAAGCCACAUUUUCGAACCAAUGAACAGUUGCUGUAAAGUAAGACGAAUGGAUAACUUUAAAAUUUUGAAUAGGUCCGUCUAACCCGUUAAAGAUGAGCCGAAUAGUAUUACAAACUGGUAAAUGUUGGCUGGAUUAAUAAGGCUUGAUUGCAGCUUUCAUAAGUUCGUUUAAAGUACAUAUUAUUAUCAAACCAAGUGAUAACAGAUAUUCUUGAAAUAGUAUCGUAUGACUACAAAGCGUGUAUAUUUACCCCCAACCCCCACCCAUUCCAAACCCCAGCCACCAUAUUUACCCCCAACCCCCACCCAUUCCAAACCCCCAGCCACCAGCCCCUAUACCCACUUAACCCAUUUUGCAAAUAGUAUAAUAGUAUGGGUUAUUUCAUCCCAUCAGAAUAUCCUCUUUUAGCAUUCCUUAUGUCAUACAUGGUAAUAUAACUCACCUUAGCAUAACAUAUAAUUUAGAUAAGUAUUAGUAUUUUUCAAUGGUAUAAAUUAUAUUUUCAUAGAUGAUAUAUACAUUUACCCAAGCAUAACGGAUAUUUUAAAUCCAAAUCUGGCAUCCUUUCUUGGGGGCGUCUCUAUAAAUAUGAGUAAGUAUUAUUUAUUUCAGUUACACCGCAGAGAGACAUAAUAUAACAGUUUGCAAAUUAUGUUGAUAAGUGUGACGUCAUGGACAUUUGUGCUAGAACUGGUCCCUGUAAAGAGCUGUUAUAUAUAAUUCGAUCUGACUAAAGAUAUAUAAAAUUUCUCUGAGGCUGAUGUUUUUUUAGAUCAAGCAGCGACGUCAUUUACAUGAAAAGGCAUAAUGUGUAAUACACCUGAAAUGUCAUAGUUAGUUUUUAUAUAUCAAAACUGCAUUCCAAAAAUCAUCAUAAAAACACACACAUGCAUCCAUCUGGGCUUAAAAAAAGUGCUCACUAUGAGUUAAAAUAUUUCUAACAUUUAGUUAAAUUCUAGCUGCCGUACAAAUACGAUAGAUAUACAUCUGUAUACACAUGCAUGGGAGUCUCAUUAGACAUAAAUGGUCUUAGUCUACAAAUACCACCAAUCGUUUUCGUCAACUUUUUACAUACAGAUUAUACAUGUUCUUUCCACAUUAUCUAUAAAAACACCUAAAUGUUUGACACAACUCGUUCGUUGCAUCGUCAUUCUUGCAAUUCGUUUGGCAAAGUAACCGCAAAAUACAACAUUAAAUAGAAUAUUUAGAAAUAAAAGUCUAAUAUGAAGAUAUAAAUGCGUUACCAGUCGUUAAAAUCUUACACAAAUGGGUAUAACCUAUUGUCAUUGUGACCAGACAAAGAGUCACUGGCCUGUGACAUUAUACACCUGUGAUGACUAUACGUGUAAUGUAUCAUUGUAUCGUACAUCAGACCGUCGGGUCAGUGUACAGGCCACUGGUAAGCUGCAGGGCGUAUACACUCAGCGCUAAUUUCUCCUCAUUGUAUCACAUCGACUCAACCAGAACUUUUUAAAUGAGUAAAAACAUCCUAUUUCUCGACGACUGAUCGGAAUAAAAUUCUUUCAAAUAUUUUCUUUUAAACCACAGUAACAAUUGUUGACAACGUGAUUUUCGUGGAAAGAUAUUUUUAUCAAUUCAAUACAUUUCAUUUUUCCCGUCAAAUAUUACUGUAUACUGUAAUACAUAUAUAUAUUUCGCGAGAUAUUAAUUUACGCGUUCAUUCAUGGUGAGACCGAUGCAUGAUCUUAAAGCUUCGAUGAAAAUCAUUUUCCGUAGGAGAUACUAAUUACCAUAGCACCUGUCAAUCGCGUAUUCAGUGUCAUUUAGCAAAAUAAACUCAAACCGUGUAUUCAACACUGUGUAUUUUCGUAUUUUAAAAUUUUAUAGUGUACCCUUUGUAGUUUAUAAAAACGUUGCCAUUGUUUAGGGGAUUGACGGUCACUAAUAGGUCCAUAAGGUAAAGCUACGUCAUCAAAUGGGGGUGACUGAGGCACAAUGACAAAUGAAAGAUUGUAAAAGAACAAUUGUAUAUUUUCUAUAGGGUAAAUAAAAAAUACACAUUCCCAAUACAGCCAAACUGUUGUUGUAAAUAAGCAAUUACCUUUGUUCGUAUUAUCACCAAUUCUAUGUUAUAUUUUACUUGUCGUUCUUGUUUUAACGGUCGUGUAAUAACACAACAUGGCGUAUAAAGUCUAGUUACUGCCACGUCUCUACAAACAAGUUAUACGACCACGUGUUGAUAUAUAGAUAUAUUGUACUUAUGAUUUUUCAUAUACGUCUUAACAGUUUACUUGUUGAUUUUCAAAUAUUUAAUAUCUUUUUUUUUAUAUUUCGUUUUCCCGUUAAAUAGAAACGACACAAAUCUUUCGUUUUGUUUUAAGAACAGUUUUGACUUUCCAAAGAAGCAUUUCUUUUCUGUUGUUAUUUAAUUCUAUUUCACUUGCAUAAAUAUUACUUAAAUUAGACGCUGUGAAUCCAAAGAUAGCCAAUAUGUGAAGGUCGAAUACAAAUCGCUUUCGAUAUUUGUCGAAUUAGUUUUCAUAGUCAAACCUGUUUUCAGAAACCAUCUGCAGCAAGUCAUUAAAAUAGGCUCUUAUUGAUGUGGUGUCAUAAUAGAGUUCAGUAAACAAGAAAAUCACUACACAGGAGAGUGCUAACACUUGACACAGGUGGUCUCAAAAGGGAGGUUAUCCUUCUAGCAGGAUUGACGGUUCAUACGAACUAUGAUAAUGUUCUGUAGACUUUAUAUUUAUUGAAUACUUCUGUGCAUAACUUGUUUAUGAAUACUUCACAUUAGUUACUGAUUUAAUUGUUAUAUGUGCAUUUGCUUCAUGAUAUGUAUUGCUAUUUUAUUGUUUCAAUAAAUGUUUUAAA